AUGGUGAGACAAAAUGGCGAACACAAGGCGACGUCGACAGCUGUCAGUCGCUGGGCCUCCAUUAGACAGAGCAAACUGUUUCCCGGAGCUAUUGGCAUUUUGGGUGGAAUUUUGGGAGGAGGUUUUCUCUUUAUGCUCCUCGUGCUUAGUUACGACUACUCCCCGUUUGUAGCAGGAAUCAUCUCUGCUGUGCUCACCUUGGCGAUGUGUGUGGCGAUGGCCUUUUCUCACCGCGCCCGCUGUACGUGCCUCCUGGUCCUCCCAAGUCUGGCCACAGGCAGGGGUAGGGCGGCAAUCUUCUCACUCAUCACAGCCCUACUCCUCCAGGGACCCGUCCUGAACUUAAACUUCAACGUGAACGAGAUGGCGGCCAGCUUGUCCUGUGGUACGGAACUAGCCUACAACCAGAGUCGAGAGCUACAGGAGCUGUUGAGGAAACCGAUAGAAGCCCUGAAUAAUCAAAUCAUGGAAAAUGUGGAGGAGUUCCGUGCAGUUGGAUCUGGGAUUCGAGACGUUGUUAACGCCGUGGAAUCAGCCACUCAAACAGCGCAGAAUUCGAUAAGGAACGCCGUGAGCGCGGCGACAUCAGUGAGUUUACCGUCAGUUUGCAAACCACUAAACGCUGUCAGAACGUUGUGCUCCGCCGUUGGGGUUGUAGAUGGAGUGUGCAACAUUGUCUCAGGUGCCGACGUUGCUAUUAAUCGGGCAUUACAAACCUUCACCAGUGGAUUCUCCGCGGUCAGGAAUCAGCUUGACUUCGGCAUUCAGCAAGAUGCUCCGAUUAACAACAACGCAAACAUUUCGCGAACAGCCCAAGAGAUCACGGCAGCCAUCAAGGCGGAAUUCGCUCCGAAGACGGAUAGCGUACGCCUUGUUGUGAGCAUCUCCAGCCGAGUAAUGGCCGCCUUUCUCUUGGUUUUAUUUCUAAAUGCUGCCAUCUACUUACGAUCAUAUCUCAUCAACGACAAACACGAUAAUAUUUACAUUACCAGAGCUUUUAUUGACCUUAAUGAACGGAAAAGCACUGAAGGUCAGUCUGAGACCAUCUUACCACUGACCUUAGACGAACGUGGCAAGUACAUAACGGUCCAUUCCUGGCGACUUUCACCUUUCGAAAAGCGGACUUUGCUCAAGGGACUGGGAAUCUUUUUCCUUCACCUUUUGAUAUCGUUGACUGUUUGUAGUUUGGAUUACGUCUUGUACUGGGCGAUGGAGAUAAUCCGGGAUCAAGGACAGGUUGUCUUCUCUCUUACUGGAGAUUCCAGUGUGCUGCUGAAAGUUACCGGUAAUGGCAUCAUCGCACAGUUUAUACGAACAUUUGUUCAGGGUUUCUCCGAAGAGUUUCAGUAUAACAGUACAAUCAGUACGGCAGCGUGCAUGCCCGCGCCUCGACCAACCCCUAACUCCCAGCUAUACACUCUGGCGUCCCUCUACCUACUUACUCUACUGCUAGUUAUCCUACAGAGCUACGGUCUGCGUCUCAGACACUUCAUUGCCGGCCUGUUCUAUCCAGAGAGAGAAAAGGAAAGGAUUUUAUACCUGCACGACACCAUCCUUCGCAAGCGCAGCUACAGACUGUCGCAGGAGGAUCGAACCAAGCACGAAGCCUACAAUGCGAAAAUGAAGUCAAAGAAAUUCCGUCUACUGCCAAGAGGACUCCCGUGGAAACGUGAUGUGUGA